AUGGCCGACGUGAGAAUGUCCGCCGACUUGAACCUCUACGGCCCCCUCUCAGGACCAACACCCACCACUGACGAGACCUGGCCGGGCUCCCUUCCUUUCUAUCUCGAUAAUACCAUUCCCCAGGACUGUCUUUCUCUCCCUCUGUUCGAAGAUAACAACCAAUGGCUGCUCAAUUCCUUCGAGCCGCCCGUGUCCUGGGCCACUGGACCCGCUCUCCGAACCAACUCCACCGCUAGCUCGGACGCCAGCUUUAUUGCUCCCUGUCAGACCGUACACAAUCCUACCAAUGAUUACGAGCAAAAAUAUUCGCCGAUGCAGGCCACCUUUCCUUUAGUACCGGCACAAAUGCCCCCAGCUCCUAUGCACGAAAUCACUUCGCGGGGUAGCAUCACGAGCGUCAGCAGCGGUGGCAGCGCCGACAGCAAUCAAUCCCGGUUCAGUAUUUCCAGCUACAGCAGCAGUAACGAGAGCCCGGUAUACAGUCGUCGAGGGAGCUCCAAUCGACCACCCUCCCCGGGAUUUGAAGUGAACGAGCGCGAACGACGCAAGCGGGAGCGUUUCCUUGAGCGCAACCGCGUGGCUGCCAAUAAAUGCCGCAAGAAGAAGAAGGAGCAUGCCAAGCAGCUCGAGAGUCGCUGCGAGACGGUUUCGCGGGAGAACACGCUCCUGGAAAGUCAAGUGGAUCACCUGCGGGGCGAAAUCUUGAACCUAAAGAAUGAGCUGCUGCGGCACUCCCACUGCGGGGAUGAGAGGAUUAAAGAUCAUUUGGCGAAGAUGGUGAAGCAGCUUUCUGAUAAAGCUGGUACGACAACUCAGAGUCCCGAGGAGAAGAAAGAGUCAUUACCUCCAACAAAGAGUCCAAAGCAGGAGCAGGAGCAAGAGCUGACAAUGGAUCUUGAGGAUUUGGUACAGCUCCCGGCUGCUGGGGACGGUUCAGCAACAGAGGGGCAAAAAGAUACGGAGUGAAGGUCUAGUUCUGAGAUCGUCGAUGGCCUGUACAUGAUGGCCUGCGAUGAUUUGAUUAAUGUCUAUAUGAUGAGGCGUUGUGGAUAUUUUUGAUUCCUUUCCCCCUUCCUACGUCCCUAUCUCUUAACCCUUUCUAAUGUCUUUUGUCUUUCCGCUUCCUCCUUGUUACCUCUCUACAUUUCUCUCCUCGGGACUUUCUCAGAGAUACAUAUUCACGGCGAUGGAAAAAGUACUGUUUACGAGCUAGAUGAUAGAUACGAU